AUGGGCGCUCAUACCUUCCCCUCCUCUCCUUCUCCCCUCGGUACCGCCUACACUCAGCAUACAGCUGCUGGACAUGAAGGGAAGCAGCAGAUCAGGCUCUAUGGUCUGAGCGAGAGUCCUACUACUCCUGCUCUUAUUGCCUUCUUUUCCCAGAUGGCUACGGUCUGCGGAAUACUCCUUCACCCCGAUGGUCCAGGGAAGCAAUGGGCGCAAGUAUGGGUCCGUGGGGAAGAAGAAGCAGAGCGGUGUAUGAGGGCUCAAGCUCAGCUGGGAGUAUCAGGAGUCUCAAUGUCUCGCGCUCCUUCUCAAGCUCCCCCGUCUCACCCUCAAAAUCCCCUUCCUCCUCUCUUCGCCCAAACGCCGGCCCCUUCCGCCUUCCCUCCUCUCUACGGUCCUCUCACUAUCCCUCAGAAGACUCCAACGAGGUCCCAAGCGCCUUUCAUGAGCGAGCUGGCCCUUCAUCGCCUUCCUCCAACUCCCGCGAGCUUCGACAGGCCGAUGACGGUCCCUCUCCGUCAUGACCUCUCUGGGAUGGGGUACCGACACCUCGACCCGAGCGGGCCUCUGCCGAGGAACCUGUACAUAGUGGAUCUCCCGCUAGAUAUGACAGAAACUCAGUUCCGAUCCCUUUUCGAGCAACACGGCGUGGUCGAGCACUGCAAGUUGCUCUCUCAGCUGGACGGCAUGGGUCGAAGACGGGGCUUCAUCCUGAUGGCCUCGCACCGAGAAGCGCUGGAAGCUAUGCGUGGUAUGAAUGGUCGUAUUAUCGAGGGAUCCAGGAUGGACGUGUCAUGGGCGCUGGUGCAGCGAGAAGCAAGGCAUUUUGGUAUCGGAGCGAUGCCUAACCGGGUCAUCCAUCCGCCGGUUCAUCCCAUCCGGCGCGAGGUCCUACCUGCGGUCGACGCAGCCGUUAUCGCUGAAGGACUGGACCCCGAGUUCUUCCCUUCCGCCAACCUCAUCCGAGAGCUCUUCUCCACUUUUGGCCCCAUCAUGCAAGCCUCCAUACUCACCUCUUCACCCGAUCUCGGCCUCACCGCGCUCAUCCAGUUCGAGCACGCCACGUCGGCCGACCUCCUCAUUCAGGCGAGCGGGAUGGUCGUUGGGUCGAAGCGCAUCCAUGUUCGGCCCUUCCAGCGCCAACACCACCAACCGGCUCAGCUCCAGUAUCAGCCGUAUCAGCUCCCUCAAGAAGCCUACCCGGGCGCUCCUCAAGCUCGAUACUUCUCCGACCCGCCAACUUCAGCUGGUCGACCUUUCCAGCCGGUGUCGCUUCAUCAAGCAACCUCGUUCGACCCCUUUGGCGCCGCCGGCCUCGCAGCGGAUCUUCAGGCAGCUACGGAACGACUCGCCAAGUCUCGCUUGAACGCAGCUUCGUCCCCUUUCGUCCCUACUUUCGGGCAAGACCAGCCCCGAACCCUCGACCAGCAAGACCCGUACCCACUCCACCGGCUCGAGCAGAAGACACCUAGCCCUCGUACCUUCAUCCACCAAAAUCUCGUCCUCCACCUCGUCCGGUAG